AUUGCAGAUGAAAAUCCAGAAUAUCUAAAUGAAGAUAUUAAGGCUAUUAUAACAAGACGAUUUUUUAUGAAUGUUGAAGAAUUAGAAAAAGUAUUGAAACCAAUAAAAGAAGCAGUGAAGUGUUUGGAAAUGAAGUCAACAACUUUAGCAGAUUGUUUUUGUCAAUUAAUAAAAUUAUCAUUUUCAAUAAAAAAUCUACCAGAAUCAACAUCCACUUUCCGGAAAGGUUUUCAGAAAACUGUAUUUCGUCAUGUGGUCCACUGGGCUAUUAAAAAUAUUUGGUUAAAGAUGGGUGGUGGAUCAAAUUCUACACCAAAACUAAUUGCACAACUAGCUGCCUAUUGUGAAAGAAAAUCACCAUAUGAAGAUGAAUUUGUACCUGCAUACUACUCAAUUGAAAGUUGGUGGAGAUUAAUAGAACAAAAUGAAAAUUACAUACAAGAACUUGCUCUGAAAAUUUUAUUAAUAACUCCAACAAAUGCAGGUUGCGAGAGAGUAUUUUCAGUUCUUGGGUGGUACAUGAAUAAAAGAAGGACAAGGUUGAGUGUGGAACAAUUACAAAGCCUUUCUAAACUCCAUGCUUAUUAUGUCUCGAACACCAAAACUGAGCUGAAAUUUGCAGCCCAAAAUAUGAAUGAUGAUGAUAUUUAUAAUGCUAUGCAAAAUAUUUUUUCUGAUGAAGUUGAAUUAGAUGAAAUUGAUGAAGAAGAAUUGGAAAAUUUUGAUGAAGAAGUUCAGGUUGUCAUUGAGCCAAUAAUUAUUGAUCAUGGUGAAAAAGAAUUUGAUAUAGAUGAUUUGUUGGACCAAGAACUUGUUGAUUUAAAAAAAUUUUUUUGUUUUGUUGGAAAUUUUGGUUGA